AUGUACCGCACAGCGAGCAUAUUAUAUCAACGUGUAAACGCGCAGUGCUCCCUUUGCGACCUAAACCAGGCGCCUCGCAGCAGCGACAGUAGCAUCGCCGAACAUGCGGGCAUCAACGAGAAGGCGCUGCUACGGAAGCUGGACUAUCGGCUGUUGCCUCCUUUGACUGUCCUGUAUCUGUUGUCGUUUCUCGAUCGGAGUAAUGUCGGCAAUGCUCGGUUGGAAGGCAUGGGUACCGAUCUUGAUAUGUCAGGAGACCAAUACCUCACCGGCCUCACGCUCUACUUCAUCGGAUACGUGCUCUUCGAAGUCCCAUGCAACAUCGUCCUCAAGAAGACCACCCCGCGCGCCUGGCUGCCGACCUUGACGCUGGUCUGGGGCAUCGUCGCCACGCUCUGCGGGGUGGUUCAGAGUUAUGCUGGUUUUUUGAUUUCGCGACUGGCACUGGGAAUUGCAGAAAGCGGACUCUUCCCCGGCGUGGUCUUCUACCUGAGCAUGUGGUAUAAACGCAACGAGCAGCACUACCGCGUGGCUCUGUUCUUCAGCGCCGCCUCGCUGGCGGGGGCCUUUGGAGGGAUUCUCGCCUGGGGAAUCGCUCACAUGCGCGGCGUAGGAGGCUACAACGGCUGGCGCUGGAUCUUCAUCCUGGAAGGGCUUUUGACCAUCAUCAUGUCCCUGGCCGCCUACUUCUGCGUGCACAACUACCCCGCGACCGCGACCUUCCUAACCGCCGCGGAGCGCAAGCACAUCCAAGCGCGCCUCUCGCACGACAGCGACGCCACGCGCCACGAGCACUUCAGCUGGCCGGCCGUGGGCCACGCAUUCCGGGACCCGAAAGUCUGGCUGUACGGGCUGGCCUUCCACACGCUGUCGCUACCCCUGUACACGCUCUCGUUGUUCAUGCCCACCAUCAUCGCGACGCUGGGCUACACCGCCGCGCAGGCGCAGCUGCUGACCGUCCCGCCCUACGCCGUCGCCUUCCUCCUCACGCUCCUGGCCGCCGUCUUCUCCGAGCGCACGCGCCGUCGCGCCCCCUUCAUCCUGGCCGGCACCGCCCUCGCCGGCGUGGGAUACAUCCUGCUGCUGAGCGACCCCCGCCCGGGCGUCUCGUACGUCGGCACCAUCCUCGCCGCCGCGGGCAUCUACCCCGCCGUGGCCAUCGUGCUGGCCUGGCCGGCUAAUAAUGUCUCCGGCCAGACCAAGCGCGCCAUCGCCAAUGCGCUGCAGAUCUCGAUUGGGAAUCUCGGCGCGGUGCUGGGGACUCAGCUGUAUCGCACGGAGACGAAACCGAGGUAUUUUCUCGGGCAUGGGUUUGCGUUGGGGUAUCUGGUGGGGAAUCUGGCGGUGGUGACGGCGUUGUGGGGGGUGCUGCGCAGGGAGAACCGGAUUAAGGCUUCGUUGCGCGCGAGUCAGGGUGGAGGGGGGGUGGUUGUUGUGGGGGAGUUCGGAGAGGAUGAGGCAUUUUUAGGAGAUGAGGAUCCUAGGUGGGUGUUUCAGACUUGAGAUCCUCUCCAGACUCAAUUCUAGAUGAUAUGUGCAUUUUACUGUGUGACAGAGAAUGGUGGACAAGAACUGUAAGUAUUCGCCUGCCUGUGGGAGAGGUAGAUGAAGAAAGUCCUGCCAGUUUCCAUGAAGUCGAUUAAUGAACAUGCAUAGAGGUAGCAUUCGGCUUGUCGCAAAUUCCCUCAGAUCA